CCAACCAGCCCGUGCGCCUGCGGCCAAACUUGUCAGAUCGACAAUCAGUAUUCUCUGAUUCGCGGAAUAGGCCAUUAUCAAGUCACCAUGAGCCCUAUCAGUGCUCUCAUCAACAAUGUUGCUUAUUGAAUUGCUUCUGUUUGCGAUGAUGUGGGCUUCAGGUAAUCUUCACCGAUAAGACCCUCUGCAUUCCUCUCCUCUCUCACCUCUGAUUCCCUAUCCCUCGUACUACUAUUCCUUAAAAUCUCUCGUCGACCCGUGUCCGAUCUACUGUCCCUCUCCUCCGUGUCUCCAGGGCCUCACAGACGAAUGGCUUGACCCUUUCGACCUUCAAAGCCCAGUCCACAAUAUGGCGCCCGGAAUUCUGCAAGACGCAUCAACAUCCGACAAGGUCUCCUCCCUCUCUUCAGUCACUGACGGUUACGAUGACACUCUCCGCUUCUACCUCAAUGGCACCAAAGUCGACCUCGAUGCCGUUGAUCCUGAGGUCACUCUUCUAGAGUAUUUAAGAGGAAUUGGACUCACUGGUACAAAGUUGGGCUGUGCGGAAGGUGGCUGCGGUGCAUGCACCGUGGUGGUUUCGCAGCUGAACCCUACCACUGGCAAGAUAUACCACGCCUCAGUCAAUGCAUGUCUCGCUCCUUUGGUCAGCGUCGAUGGUAAACAUGUCAUCACCGUCGAAGGCAUAGGCAAUGCUAAAAGCCCACACCCCGUUCAACAGCGCAUUGCCCUUGCUAGUGGUAGUCAGUGUGGGUUUUGCACUCCAGGAAUCGUCAUGAGUCUGUAUGCCCUCCUCCGAAACAAUGGCCCAGAUGCGAGUGAAUUCGAGGUCGAAGAAGCAUUCGAUGGCAACCUAUGUCGAUGCACGGGAUAUCGUCCCAUUCUCGACGCCGCGCAGAGCUUCAAAAAGCCUUGUGGAAAGUCUCUGGCUAAUGGAGGCUCGGGAUGCUGUAUGGAGAAUGGCGGAGGCUGCAAUGGACCCCCGGGCGGUGUCCAGGAUACCGUAGAUGAGAAGAGGUUCACUGCCCCAGAUUUCAUUCACUACGACAAGACGACAGAGUUGAUCCACCCUCCUGCUCUGAAAAAGCAUCAAUUCAAACCCCUAGCGUUUGGAAAUAAGAGAAAAAAGUGGUACCGUCCGGUCACUCUUCAGCAACUGCUCGAGAUCAAGAAUGCCCUGCCUGCUGCAAAGCUGAUCGGGGGCAGCACCGAAACUCAAAUUGAAAUCAAGUUCAAGGCUAUGCAAUACUCUGCCUCGGUCUAUCUUGGAGACAUUGCAGAACUUCGCCAAUAUUCUCUUCACGAUGAUUACCUAGAAAUUGGUGGAAACGUCGCCCUGACUGACCUCGAGCAUAUUUGUGACGAAGCCGUCUCAAAGUAUGGCCCCGCUAAGGGCCAACCCUUUGUUGCCAUCAAAAAGGCCAUUCGAUACUUUGCUGGCCGACAGAUUCGAAAUGUGGGAACCCCGGCCGGCAAUCUUGCCACUGCUUCCCCCAUUUCCGACCUCAAUCCAGUCUUUGUCGCCACUGAUUCCACCCUGAUUGCAAAGUCCUUGAAUAAAACGGUCGAACUUCCCAUGGCCAACUUUUUCAAGCGCUAUCGUGUCACCGAGCUCCCUCAAGACGCCGUCAUCGCUGCUAUCAGAAUCCCCACUGCGAGUGAAAAUGGGGAAUACAUCAGAUCUUACAAACAGUCAAAGAGGAAGGACGACGACAUUGCCAUUGUCAAUGCUUGCCUCAGAGUAUCUCUCGACGAUUCAUACACAGUCAAGCAUGCCAAUCUUGUCUAUGGCGGCAUGGCUCCCAUAACAAUCCGCGCCCACAAUGCAUCUGAUGCCCUUCUUGGAAAGACAUUUACUGACCCGGCCACUUUGGAAGCUGUGAUGAACGGGCUUGAAAAAGACUUUAGUCUACCAUUUGGUGUCCCUGGUGGGAUGGCCACAUACCGCAAGUCCCUGGCUCUCGGUUUCUUUUAUCGAUUCUACCAGGACGUGCUCACCCGAAUAGAAGAAGGCAGUCAAGAGAUUGACAAGGAGGCUAUCGACGAGAUUGAAAGAGAAAUCUCCACCGGCCGAAAGGAUCAUGAUGCGUCUAUUGGCUACGCACAAAAGGUCUUGGGCAAGGGCAAUCCUCAUAUGGCUGCGCUCAAGCAAUGCACCGGUGAAGCUCAGUACACCGAUGAUAUCCCCACUCAGCAGAACGAGUUGAUUGGUUGUCUGGUGUUAUCGACCAAAGCACAUGCAAAGCUCCUAAGUGUUGAUGCUGGACCUGCCCUCGAGCUCCCUGGAGUUGUUGCCUUUGUGGAUCGAAAUGAUGUGACUACAGACGGCAAUUGGUGGGGUGCGCCGGUUUGUGACGAAGUCUUCUUUGCAGAAGAUGAAGUCUUUACCGCUGGUCAACCCAUUGGUAUGAUCCUCGCGAACACUGCCAAGCAAGCAGAAGCCGGUGCCAGAGCAGUCCUCGUCGAGUACGAAGAACUACCCGCAAUCUACACCAUUGAAGAAGCCAUUGAGAAACAGAGUUUCUUCGAGCACUACCGCUACAUCAAGAAGGGCGACGUCGACAAAGCCUUUGCAGAGUGUGACCAUGUCAUCGAAGGAACUUGUCGCAUGGGAGGUCAGGAGCAUUUUUACCUCGAAACCAAUGCUGCGCUUUGCAUUCCCAAACCCGAAGAUGGUGAAAUGGAGGUCUGGUCCAGCACCCAAAACCCUACCGAGACUCAAGCUUAUAUCUCCAAAAUCCUUGGAGUUCAGUCUAAUAAAAUCGUCGCCAAAGUAAAACGUCUCGGUGGGGGCUUUGGUGGUAAAGAAACCCGUUCCAUUCAGCUCGCCACCAUUUGCGCUGUUGCUGCUAACAAGACCCGCCGUCCUGUCCGGUGCAUGCUCAAUCGAGAUGAAGACAUCAUGACUUCAGGCCAGCGACAUCCCUUCUUGACGCUCUGGAAAGUCGGCGUCAACAAGGACGGCAAGAUCCAAGCCCUCAAGGCCAACGUGUUCAACAAUGCCGGAUGGUCCCAAGAUCUAUCAGCCGCAGUCGUCGACCGAGCUCUCUCUCACAUUGAUGGAUGUUACAAUAUCCCCAACGUCGAUGUGGAUGGUCGCCUAUGCCGUACCAACACGGUGUCAAAUUCUGCAUUCCGUGGAUUUGGUGGACCUCAGGGAAUGUUCAUCGCAGAAACUUUCAUGUCCGAGGUGGCCGACCACCUCAAAAUUCCUGUCGACACCCUCCGCGAGAUCAACUUCUACAAGUCUGAAGAAGUGACCCAUUUCAACCAAGUCCUCGAGGACUGGCAUGUUCCGUUGAUGUGGAACCAGCUCAAAGACGGUACAUCUUACGAAUCUCGACGGAAAGACGUGGAAGAGUUCAAUGCCAGUCACAAGUGGCAGAAGAAAGGCUUGGCCAUGAUUCCAACCAAAUUUGGUAUCUCCUUUACCGCGCUCUUUCUCAAUCAAGCUGGUGCUCUCGUCCAUGUCUAUCACGACGGCUCUGUUCUCGUGGCUCAUGGUGGCACCGAGAUGGGUCAAGGCCUGCACACGAAGAUCUGUAUGAUUGUUGCCGAAGCUCUCCAAGUUCCUCUGUCCAGCGUUCACAUCUCUGAGACAGCAACCAACACUGUUGCCAAUACCUCAUCGACCGCGGCAUCAGCAUCGUCCGACUUGAACGGGUAUGCCGCAUACAAUGCCUGCGCGCAAAUCAACGAGCGCCUAGCUCCAUAUCGGGCCAAACUGGGGCCAGAGGCAACCAUGAAGCAACUUGCCCACGCUGCCUACUUCGACCGUGUCAAUCUCUCUGCAAACGGGUUCUACAAAACGCCGGAAAUCGGCUACACAUGGGGACCAAAUCCGCAGGAUCCAAGCGCAGAGAACACAGGCAAGAUGUUUUUCUACUUCACGCAGGGCGUCACGGCUUCUGAAGUUCUCAUCGACACCCUCACUGGAGACUGGACGGUCUUGCGCACCGACAUCCUGAUGGACGUUGGGCGCAGCAUCAACCCUGCCAUCGACUAUGGGCAAAUUGAAGGCGCAUACGUACAAGGGCAGGGACUUUUCACGACCGAGGAAUCUCUCUGGCACCGUGCAUCGGGCCAGAUCUUCACCCGUGGUCCUGGCGCGUAUAAGAUCCCGGGCUUCCGCGACAUCCCACAGGUCUUCAACGUCAGCCUGUUGAAGGAUGUUGAGUGGAAAAACUUGCGAACCAUCCAGCGCAGCCGCGGUGUCGGUGAACCGCCCUUAUUUAUGGGCAGCGCCGUCUUCUUCGCCAUCCGAGAUGCCCUCACGGCCGCAAGGGCCCAGCAUGGUGUUGACGACGUGCUGUCCUUAAGAAGUCCUGCCACCCCCGAGAGGAUUCGCAUCAGCUGCGCUGAUCCCAUCCUCAAGCGCUGCGUUGUCGAGCCCAAGGACGGUGAGAAGAGCUUCUUUAUCAGUAUUUGAGCUUUCCUUCUACUCAUUUCCUUUUUCCAUGACUGUACGAAUGAGUCCUCAGGCGUCAGAGUAUCCGGGCCAGGGAUCAUGUGAUGGAUGGUGUUGCGACGGUGCAAUCUUGACACGAUACAUCUUUUGUACCAUUUAACAAGUAUACACAAAGACUCGAGAUACCAUAUCUUCAUAAUUUCUCAAGUCUUCAUGCCAGUUCAAUCAAUAAUGAGAUGGAGCUCUACCCAAGGAUUUUGUAUCAAGUUAGGUCAAAGAUAACAGCUCGUAGAGCACAUUAUAUCAUUUCUAGCUCCCCCACAACGCUAC